CGGCGGUCGCGGCCCGCGUCGGUGUUUCUCUUUGUCUCGCUUCAUCCGCGUGCGACUCGCACAGCAGCGCUGGCAUUUUUUGGUUUUAUUCGAAUCGUCAGACGAAAAUACCGCUGAGCGCGAUCGGCGUCCGAGCGCCGCGGAUUAGCGAGCAAAUCUAUAAAUAUGGAGGCUCUCGGGCCGAUUGCGCUUUUCUCACGCUGGCUGGAAUGCCCGGCCACCUGACACGACCCGAGCAUGUCCCAACCCAGCGGGGUCGGGGUACCGCGCGGGGAUGACUGGCACCGAGGAGCCGCGUCCCCUCCGGACCGCGGUCUCGCCGUGCGAAAGGAGGUCACCGCCUCCAGAGGGGCGCGUGACCCGGCUCGGAGGGACGACGGCCUCGGGCGCUGGGGAGCCGGCUCGCUGGCUCGCUUCGAGCCAUCCGCCCUGCACGGCCGCCUCUCACCGCCGCCGCAGUCAGCCCACUUCGGGGCCGACGCGGCCGACGUAGACGAAGUGCGCGAGCUGAGCGCGCACCUGAGCGGCUUCAUCGGCCGAGCGCGCGCGCUGGAGCAACGCAGCCUCGUGCUGCGACAUCAGCUGGAGAAGGCGCGCCGCCUCGCGCAGCUCUCGGGGCCUGAUGCCGUCUACUCCGAGUGCCUCGGGCUCACGGAGCAGAGGCUGGACGACCUGAAGGCAGAGGAGCGGCGCCUGCGACGCGAGCUGGAGGCGGCGCGCGCGGAGGAGGAGACGGAUUACAAGCGCCGGUGGAAAAGUGAGAGCGACAACCUCCAACGACUGCGGGAAGACCUGGAGCGACUGAGCCACGACGCGCACGAGGCGCUGUCCGCCCACCUCGCGCUGCAGAUCGAGACCCAGGUCCUGAUGGAGGACGCGGCGUUCACGCGGGACGCCCACAAGCAGCACCUGCCUGAGCUCCGUGAGAGCGUGGAGCUCGUGGGGCAGAUGAUGACCUCCAUUGAGGGGCUCUCCCCAGACGCCUUGGGGACCACGGAGACCGAGCAGCUUCAGCACGAGAUGGGCAGCGACUGUCAGGGCGGCGCUGGCGGGUCUGGCGACGUCCACCAGCAGCAGGUGACAGAGCUCCGCGUCCUGGUGGACUCCCUCUCCAGCCAGCAGAGGGCGCUCCAGGAUGAGUGCCAGCAGCUGGAGCGCAAUCUGCGGGAGGCCGAGGGCGCCAGCGAAGCAGAGCUGAGCCGCGCCACCGCCGAGCUCCAGGCGCACCGGGUGGAGCUGGCCCAGGCGCUGGGGGCGCUGCGAUCGAAGCGUGCCGAGAACGAGCGACUGUGGGCGAGCACGCGCGACCUGGAGGCCGAGCUGGAGCGCUACCGCCGCGCCAUCGAGAACGAGGACUCGCGCCUGCACUCGGUGAUCAUCGGCGCUGUGCCAGCGACGGUGCACACUCUGGAGCGUCGCUGCGUGCCCGAGCUGGUGGCACGAGAGCUGGGCCGCGGGGCACAGGCAGACUCAGACUCGGUGUUUGUGCGGGCCCGCGGUCGGAAACUGGCUGAGUCCACCUCCCCGAUGGAAGAUCCGUGCAGCGGCCACACCGCGCCAGGUGAAGACGUGUUUGAGACUGAAGGCCACGGGAAAGAUCGAUGGGGGAAAACGGGAAUGGAAACGUGGACUGGGCGUAAACGAAACGAGGAGGAAGAGGAGGACGACGACGAAGCAGGAGGUGAUGUCCCAGACGGAGUGAGAUUCAGCAGGGCCUACAGCAGGGUGAAGGAUUUAAUCAGGGAGAAGAUUGGCUACGGGGACGCAGAGGACUGUGUCUCCGAGACGAGCAGCAGCGAGGAAGACAUUGCGGUGUACACGAUGCCGAGCUCCGUGUGCGUCACCGGCCACGGCAGCUGGCCCCAGCCCUCGUGCUACUACGAGCCGAGCCUCGGCCACGUGACGGUGGUGGAAGCGGAGGUUGAGGACGAGCUCCUGAUUCCCCUGCCAUCACUGGGACCCCUUCCUGCUCCUCCUUCAGAUCCCUCACUUGACCGAGACAUCCUCAUCCCUCUGGAUCCCAUGCUUACGCCAGACCACGUACCUCCGCAUCCACCUGCUCCUCCCUCCGUUCCAGAUACCGAGCAGAGGCGGGAAUCCAGAGAACCAGCGACGCCAGCACGAGAGGGCGGCGAGGAGAAAAAAGAUAAAGGCGAAAAGGGGAAGGACAAAGUUACAGAGCCCUCUCGUGACGCGGACAGGAAGAAAUGUGACGCAGACAACGAAGCCAAAGACGGAGACAAGACGUCCAUAGGCAAAACCCCUCCAUCUCCUCCGCAGGAGACCCUGCACGAUGUAGAGAAGACCAAGAGCGCAACGGAUCUGGGCAGCCGAGCCCUAGGAAGGGCCGGAUACGGCGCGGCUGGCGAGUUCACGUCCUCCUCCAUCAGCUACGGGAAGCUGGAGGUGAUGGAGUCGACGGAGACGACGGUGGAUGACAAGCGGCAUGACUACGAGGAGAAGUCUUUGGUCAUCGAGACGUCAGUGGAGAGGAAGGAGACAUUUUCGUCGCACUGAGCCACCUGGGGUUCGACGCAACGCAGGGCGUGGCUCGCCGCUGCGUGUUUGACUGAAAUUCAACCGAAACGAUCGGCCCGUUAACAGGAUUUCCAGAGCGAUUCGUUUAAUGGCUUAAUCUACGCGUCCAGGUUUUUCUGGCGCCGUGCAGGUAUUUAGAUUUAGCUCACGGUGUGGUCAAGGGCGAAUACAAUUCACGAAACACGCGCUUGUGGAAUCACACACACACACUCUCAUGCGCUGCAUCACCUACUCAUUGCCAGAGCUGACCAGUGCCGUUGAUUUCCGCAGUGUCUAUAAGUCUCUACUAAAAAAGCAACGCGCACGGUUGUGGUUUUCAUGAUGUGGUAGUUGGUGGAAUCCUUAGUAAAUAAAAAAAGCAGACUACCCCACGGUGUUGAGACAUAUACUGGUUGUGUUGGGAUGUGCAGGAGAGUGACCAGACUAAAGUCACUGUUGACAAUGUAAUAGGCACAAACACAAAAACUAUCUAAUAAAACCGAGAAAAACAAAUACCGUGAAGAAAAUAAAAAACAUAAUCUCCUACUGCUAAAGAGCAAACAUUGACAUUUGCAUUAUACAGUUCGAAGAGUUAGGCACGAAUUUCAAUAAUCCGUAAGUUGAACAAUAAAAACGGAUGAGGGUGGCGAUAGGGUUUCAGAGGUUGUGCCGAACGCUUAAAAAUUGCUCUUUUUUGGGGCCACGGCGUCAGUAGGCGCCGGCCGCUGCUACCGAGGGCGCAGCUGUUGCGGAGAAAUAAAAAAAUGUUGUGUAACCUGCGGUACCCCGCGGUGCAACGCGCACGAUCGGACGGGACCGGGGCUCGCGUGGCCUGGUGAGCGAGGUCCCUUGGGCCAGCACUCGGGCCCAUCGCUGCCGGUCAGAGUUGUUUGGAAACGCAUUUUAGCGCGUCGUACAUCGCCGCAGUGGGCGGUGGAUGGUGGA